AUGCAGAAAAGUAUACAAGAUGAAGUGCGGUUUAGUUCUUCACCCCGGGUCUUAAGGUCAGCUAGUCGUGACACCCAUAAGGAAAUGGAGGAACUUCCUAAUGCAUCGUCACCUCUUCUUAUGCGGCGUGUGGCAUCGUUAGACGCACUUCCACCUCGACCUUCCUCGCGUCAUCCCCGCAGUGAAGGCGAUAGCGUUCCAUCAGUGCUGAAUCCCAACCGACAGCUGGAGGAUUUAUCGCGUGAUACGCAGCUACUCAAUGCAUAUGGUGGUUCAGACAGCAUGCCCGGUAUUAAUAAGAUACCCGUGAAGUCAUUUCAACAACAUCUGCAGGGAAGGCAAUUCCACUUCGCAAAGCAUCGGCUUCCUCAACUCAGUAAUGUUCAAUCAGCUCGGAGUGUUUCGACACCUGCGCGAAAGGGACGACAGUCACCGCGGUGUCGUUACAAUGCACUUCCAGCUUUAUCUUCAAGCCCACCUCGCACACGUCGUGGCGCUUCGUUUGCACGCCCAUAUCCCAACAAACCGGGGACGCCGCAGUCCUCUCGUGCUCCCCCCAGACGAGCCUCAGCACGGCCCAUUGCAUCUCCUUCUUCUCCAUUGGCUGCACCGCUACAUCGCGCAGAUUCCGUCAUCCCUGCAGCAGUUGCUGAAGAUUCCUCAGCAGACGGUAAACAAUCUGCGGUGGCGCGAACACGUGGCGGUCGCAUACGCGUUGUUGUGCGUAAGCGGCCGUUGCCUCCGGAUGAAGAGGGCUGUGAUUGUGUUUCUAUGGACCCACCUAAUGUGAAGGUUGCGGUGCGGAAGCAGCGUGUGGACCUUACGGAGUAUGCGGAUGUGAAUGACUUUACCUUUGAUGACGCUUUCGGUGAGGAUAAACACAAUGAACAUGUGUUCGAUUCGUGUUGUAAGGAACUUCUAGAGACAACGUUGCAAGGUGGUAGUGCCUCAUGUUUCGCAUACGGCCAAACAGGAAGUGGCAAAACGCAUACAAUGCUUGGUAACAGCGGAGAGCGUGGCCUUUAUAUAUUAGCCGCCGCCGCUAUUUUUAGUUCGUUAGAGAAGGAUCAGGAGGUGUAUGCCUCGCUCUAUGAAAUUUACUGUAAUUCGCUGUUUGACUUGCUCAACAAUCGUUCACCCGUCGUAGUGCGUGAGGAUCAUAACCGCCGUAUGCAUAUAACAGGCCUUACGUGGCAUGCCGUUACGUCGGCUGAGGAACUUCAGCUACUGAUCAACAGUGGAGCUGACCGGCGGAGCACCGGAAGCACAACUGCUAAUGAGCGUUCCAGCCGUUCCCACGCAGUGCUCACCAUUCAGGUUAGGGAUCGCGAGGACAACAGGUUCUGUGGCACGCUUAACCUUGUGGAUCUAGCAGGUAGCGAACGCGCGGCCGAUACCGCCACUAAUGAUCGUCAGACACGGCAGGAAGGUGCGGAAAUUAAUAAAUCGUUACUCGCCCUCAAGGAGUGCAUCCGUGCGUUAGACGAAAAGAAGAAGCAUGUUCCCUUCCGUGGGUCGAAGUUGACGGAGAUUCUACGGGACAGCUUCAUUGGAAAUAGUCGUACAGUUAUGAUUGCCAACAUAUCGGCAUCGUCACAAAACUACGAGCACACCCUCAACACACUGCGAUAUGCCUUUCGCGUGAAGGGUUUAAGUGUUGUCAAUUUUGAACCGAGUCGUGCCCGCAAUGCACCGCGGCCGCUGAAACCGGUUGUUUCUGACAUGAAUCCCACGCAAGGAGUUCCUCAGGUAAAUGCCGGCCCUUUGAAAACAACACCGGGGCGGUGGCGUUCGGUCUCAUCUAAUGCCUUUUUAGCUAACAGGCGUAACGUCUCCUCGGGAAACGCACUUGUACAACAGCGUAACCAUGUUACCAGCAGUCCUUUGCGUAGUAAUAACACUCAGGGAGCAAAUAUUGCUUCGGGAGCUGGCGAGAAUAAUUUCGCUGUUUAUGUUCGUCAAAUAGCCGGAGAAGUGGUGGGGAAUAUUAUUCCACAGUUAAGGGCGGAUGGGGGUCGUGAUUCCUCGCUUCCAUCAAACAGUGAUUACCUGCAAGAGGAGGGCUCCGGUGUUUCUUUUAACGAUGAAUUGAUAAGGCAGUUAGAAGAUCGUGUUGUUGCAAGGAUGAAAUUGGAUGUGAUAAGGUUGGUUAGGGAUACAAUGCUGAGGAGGGAGCGUGCUAUUUCAAAGUUGCGUAGUGAAAACACGAUGUUGAGCAAACUUAAUGGGGCGUUAGAAAGGCGUGCCGCGGAGUGUGCGCACUGUAGAGGGCAGAACACACGUCAAAUACAACAGCAACAAAACUAG